AAAACAGAAAGCAACAUGCCAAUCAUACCCUUUUCGUUGUCCUCGUUACCUGCAGAUAUAUCGGCACCCGCACUCUUGACCACCGUGAGCGCCGCUACGGCCACUGCUACAGCCAUGUUAUUAAUCUGCAAGUCUCGUUUCAUGCGCUUCAGCCCCUACGGAAAGAACCUCACAAGACACCAUCUCGAGCAACCCAAACGCAAUCCCAAACGCGAUCCACGUGGCAAGAUGCUAUUCGUUUCCCAAAUCGGAACUUCAAAAGCCCUAGCGACGCGCCUCUGCGAUUUGUUAGAGUCGAAAGGCGUCGUUUUGGACCUCGUAGAUGCCCGGAAUUACGAGCCCGAAUCCCUACCCAAGGAGAACCUCGUCGUCCUCGUUGCUUCAACUUCGGAAGUUUGGAACCUAUAUUCCGCACGGGAUUUCUCCUCCAAUCACGACCUAGCUUGGGGAGCAAGGUUCUUCGUCGAUUGGAUCAAGGAAAAAGCGAACGCCUUUAAGGUUGGAGCGUUUGUUGUGAAUGCUUGCAGUUUCAGUGCCUUUGUCGUGGGCAGCGAGGUUAAUGAAGGUGGCAAGAAUUUGAUGGCUAAGGCCGCCAAUGAGAUUAGGGGUUUGAGGCACACUGCUGUAUCGAAUGCGGAUUUUGACAGCUGGUGGGGAAGUGUUGUUGCGGUUUUGCAAGGUGCUGUUUUGGGAGCUGCUGCUGAUGGAAUAUGCGGGGAAUCUGAACCUGAGGAUGCUGGUUCUUCUGAUCCAAAGCGUUUAUAUAUGUUGGUGGAAAAUGGGGAUUGGAUAUUAGAGGAGACCGAGACUGGUUGGAGCUUCUCUAAUACCAUCAAGCACAGGAUGUUAACUAUCAAUGACGACAACUUUAUGAAAGAUGGCACUAUUAAACUUGAUGAAGUAGGUCGUGUAACUCCUGAAUGGCCACUUAAAGAUGAUCUAUUCGUCGACAACAGUCGGUUACCAACUUCUCAAGGAUUUUGUUCUGUUGGUCACUGCCUUUUCUUUGCUGGUGGUUUUGUGGCUACUAUUUUACCAGAAUGGAACUUGAGUGUGUAA